CGCGUGGCAACGGUAAUCGAAAGCGGUAUCGGUCAACAGUAACGGCACUGUUUAUCGGAAAAUGUGACGGAAUAUUGGCGGGAUUGUGCGUGUUAUAUUUUAUUUAUUUUAGUUUUCAUGUUGAUAAAGUAAUGAAAAGUUUUUAAGAUGAUGGUGUUGAAAUAAAAAAUUUACCUAUCCCAACCGACAAUGACUUUCCUUGUUAAUAAAAGUGAGAUACCCAAUAGGUAUAAUCCAACCCAUCUAAUGAGUGAUUAAACAUUUUGCGAAACGAUGUCUUCCGGCGAGUGGGACCUGCGGGCGCUGAAGGCGCUCGAGGAAGAGGAGCAGCGCGAGUUCCUGGCCCUCAGCCAGAGGAACCUCUUCGAUCCGCUGCCGAAUCCCACCGGCGAAGCGGCCAGUGCGAAGUCAUCGCUUACCUACGCCCAGUUGCAUCCGCACCUACUGAAGUUGCCGACGAUCGAUGAGUGCCAACUGAUGGCCGUGAAGCAGCAAAGGUCAGCGGCCCUGCGAUUCAGCCGUGCCCUUUCCCUGUCCGCCCACUCGCUUACCUCGCAAACCGGAAGCGGUAUGGCCACCGGAAGCGGAAGUGGCCUUGGCUUUGGUCGGAAGUUGAAGGCCCGCUUGGUGGGCGCCAAGUCCAGUGGUUCGCUGUCGCCCGGUCGCCAUUCGCACAGCUACAGUGUAUCCCCGGUAUACACACCGCCGCCCAUGCGAAGAUGUGCCACCCUACAUCACACGCAACCGGUUCGCAAGGCCUUCAAGAAUCUCCAGCAGCUGCAGGAGCGGAAGCGUCAGGCGGCCGGAAGUCACCUGCAAAGGAUCGCUGGCACUGGAAAAACCUACUGGAAGUACGGAGCCAACUCCACGGCUGCCUCGAUAGUGGGCCAACGAGCCCGCCAAACGCAACAGAUCGAAGUGGAGGAGUCCAACGGGUCGGACGAAGUGAACUCGGAGCCCCAGGAAAUCUCCGAAGCGGAAACGGGAUCCUGCAGCGUGCCCCUGCCCUCGAAGGACACCAAUGAAAUACUGCGCCUGAUGCUCAGUGCGGCCAGUUCAGCGGUCACGGUGACCCCGACGGCGGCGGCCAUUGGAAACGGCAGCGUGACCGGAGCAACUGGUGGCGGCCUGCCAGGGCGACGCUACCAGAAUGCCAGCGACGCUGAGGAGGACGAAACUGUUGCGUACGAAGCUUUCCACCAGGCAUCCACCAAAAGCUUCGAGCGCGGCGCUCUCUUGCGAAUCGGCAGUUUAACAGUGCAAGAGAGCGAUAACGGUAAGGUCAAUGCAAUGAGUCCACAUAACAGUCCUGGUCGCGAAACGCAAUCCACAAGGGCGGGUUCGGGCGGCAGGCGGAUGUUCAAGUCCUCCUCUUUGGAUUGGCCCGGGGAAUCACAUCAGCAGCAGCAGCAGCAACAUCAGCCACAUCAGCUACAGACCCAUCAGCAACAUCUGAACCAACAGCAACAUCCGACUGCAAAUCAACUGGAGCUGGUCGAAACGACAAAGGAUAAUCGAUUCCGGCAGCAGGAUCACUGGGAACUCGACCACGUCCACUUCCAUCACGAGGCACUCGGACAUCUAGCCACCAACGGCGCCACCGUAAUCGAUGACGAACUGGAGCAGCAUAUCAAGCACUGUUCCUGCUCCUGCAAUCACAUGGGCUACGGCAACUCGAUGGACUAUCAGACGACUGGGUUCGGGGGAUUGCCUGAUGUCACCGAGCACUCGAACAUCCGCCGCACACUGUCCCGCCAGAACUCGAUCUCGAACAGCGAUUCCGGCGGCGAGAUAGCCAGCAUCCAGAAGUCCAAGGUAAACUUUGGCAAUCCUUUGGCCGGGGGCGUGGUUGUGGGCGGCGACAUAGUGGGUCUGGACGCCAAAUCGCCCACUUCGCUCAGUUCGGCGGCGGGAGCCGGUGCCUCCGGGAAGGCGAAGGGAAAGGCCGCAAGAAAAGCGAACGCCGGAGCGGAUGGCGGGCAAAAGGGGCGGAGAGGCUCCUGGCUGGUGGCCCUCACCCUGGUCAGCGCCAUCUGCCUGCUGGCCAUCGCCGCCACCCUGGCCUACCAACACUUCCUCAUGGCGCCCAGCCGCAAUUCGCACGCCCAAAGACUGAGAAUCGUCCGCCGCAUCCUGCGCGAGGUGCCGCUGGUCGACGGGCACAACAACUAUGCCUGGAAUGUGCGCAAGUACGCCCACAGCAGCCUGGAGCUCCACCUCAGCCACGACGUCGACCACAAGUCGCUGUGGGCGCGGCCGGCGUGGGCGCAAACGGACAUGGAGCGACUGAAGCAGGGACUGGUCAGCGUUCAAGUGUGGUCAGCAUAUGUGCCGUGCGAGGCGCAGGGCUUGGACGCGGUCCAGCUGGCGCUGGAGCAGAUCGACAUAGUGCGGCGCCUGUCGGACAUGUAUGCCCGGGAGACGGUGUUGGCCACCUCCUCGCAGGACAUUGUGCAGGCGCACCGCCGGGGCCUGCUAGCCUCGCUGAUUGGGGUGGAGGGGGGCCACACCAUUGGGUCCUCCCUGGGGGUCCUUCGCUCCUUCUACUCCCUGGGGGCCCGCUAUCUCAGCCUGACCCAUCGCUGCGACGUGUCGUGGGCGGGAUCGAGUGCCUCGUCGGCGGAGCAGGGACUCACGCCCUUCGGCAAGGCCAUUGUGCGUGAGAUGAACCGGUUGGGCAUGAUGAUCGACCUGUCGCACAGCUCGGAUGCCACCGCCAGGGAUGUGCUCCAGGUGACCCGGGCGCCGGUCAUCUUCUCCCAUUCCGCCGCCCGCCAGCUGUGCAACUCGACGCGGAACGUGCCGGACGACAUCCUGCGCCUAGUGGCCGAGAACGGCGGCCUGAUCAUGCUGAGCUUCGAUUCCGAGGACGUGGCCUGCGGACGACAGGCGCGCCUCCAGGACGUGAUCGAGCACAUUAAGUAUGUGCGGGCCAUUGCCGGCAUCCAACACAUUGGCCUGGGCGCCGGAUACGAUGGCAUCGAACUGCCGCCCCUGGGACUCGAGGAUGUGUCCAAAUACCCGGAGCUGCUGGCCGCCCUGCUGGAGGAUCACAACUGGAGCGAGGAGGAUGUGGCCAUGUUGGCGGGCAGGAAUUUCCUGCGCAUCAUGGAGACGGUGGAGACGGUGCGGGACUACUGGAAGCGGGCGGCCAUCCAGCCCAUCGAGCAAACGGAGCCGCAGCCCAAGACGCAGUGCACCUACAUGUCCUCGUGACCGCAGGCGCAGGCGGUGAGGCAGCGGCGGGAUGAGCCGCCCACGGAGCGGGCCAAUCGCACCACCGCAUCGCUGGCGGGGGCGGACUUCUGGAACCGCAGUCCCGAAUCGAAGGACUCCGUCUCCAACCACUCGAAUCCUGCGGUCAUCGCGGCCACGGCCACCAGUUUUACGGUCAGCGAACUGCUCCAAUGAAAUGCUUUGGAUGGCAAUUCAAAGUAAGGGAUUUUUGGUUGGCUGGCGGUUCGGUUUGCAGGGAUUUUGGGGAUAGAGAGCGAGUAAUAAAUCAAUGAUCAUUAAUCAAAAUAUCGAUCAAGUGCAGGGCAACAAUUAAAGCUGAAGUAUUUACAAAUCCAAAUGUCAUUUAAAUUACACAAAUAUUUUAAUUUGUUUAAUUUUGUCAAACAGACAAAAUUAUUAUAUAUUUGUAUUCUUUAUUCCCAAUAACUUUAGUUUAUGUACUCCAAUGUCUUCCUCGAUGAAAUGUUUUUUAUAAAAAAUAAUAAAGUUAAAAGCAAAAUUAUAUUAUUUUCUUUACAAAUGUUGGUUUUUUACCAUCAAUAAAUAACUAAACAUGUAUAUACAUUCUUGUAUUGUUUUGAGCAACUGUAGAGUAAGAUGUAUUUAGCUAAGAAGUUAGUCUGCCUGAACUUCUUGUCGCCAUUACUCGCUCUCAGCUGAAAAGUAAACAACUGUCGUGUCGACCCUCGUGAAUAAUUAGUGUAUACUCGUAAAUUACUUCCAAAGGAUGCAUUGAUAGGCGUAUGAAUAAAUAAUAAUAAUAAUAAAUGUACUAGUAUUUAGACCAUAAUUGUUUGCAGCUAUACUUAUUGGUGUUGUGGCUAUGCAUUAUUUAUGCACAGUGCGGAUACUUAUUGAUGUUGCUGUACCACAGGGCGUAUACGCGACGCAGCUAACUCCCAACUGCGAACCGAACCGCAAACCGAAAUAUUUCUUGGCUUGUCUGUGACUGUAUUAUACAUUAAUAUGUAGGGCACACUCAUCAAUGAUUCACGCUAAUUGUCGCAAUUAAGCGCAAUAUAUUUAAUUACAAACAUCACAAAGACACUCGAGUAUAAAACAUCAAAAUUAAUUAACUGCAACAGAUUCCCCACAGUUGGCAUUAACGUGAGGCUCAAAAGUCAAACAAAAUGCACUACAUAAUCGGUCGUAAGCACAGUCUCCAGGCGAAUGCAAUUAAAAAUAGAUUUUCACCCUGGUUGCAUGUGAAUCCAUCUUAAUUUCUGUACUAGGUUAGUUAAAAAGAAAAAACAAAAAUACAAAAAAAAAAACAAAACACGAAUUGUUGUUCGUAUAUGCAUAGCUACAUAUAUACCACACAAAAAAAGAAAUAAAAGUAAAAUUCAAGCAAAAGCAAUGCGUGUAAUCGAAUAGAGAGAAACGCAUUUCCAUAAAAAUAAAUCGAAAGUAAAAAAAUCGUGCUGUGU